AUGAAAGAGGAGGAUCACAUCAAAGAUUUGGCCGAAACUUUUGCCAACCUGAGGAAGUACAAAAUGAAGCUGAACCCGAAGAAGUGUGUCUUCGGGGUUAGAGCAGGAAAGUUCCUCGAAUUCAUGGUGAGCGAAAGGGGAAUUGAUGUAAACCCGGAUAAGGUCCAGGCUGCAUUAGACCUACCCGAGCCAAAGACAAAGAGAGACGUGCAAAGGCUAACAGAUGCUGAGACUCGGUACCCACUUAUUGAAAAAGUAGCAUACGCAGUGGUGGUGGCAGCCCGGAAGCUUAGACCCUACUUUGAUUCUCAUCAAGUAGUGGUGCUAACUGACCAACCACUGGAAAAAGUGCUAGACAAAAUAGAGAGGUCGGGAAGAUUGGCUGCAUGGGCCUUCGAGUUAUCUGCGUUUGGCAUCAAGUAUCAGCCGAGGACCGCCAUCAAAGCACAAGCACUCGCUAACUUCUUGGCCGAAUGCUCAUAUCAGGAAAUGUUGGAUGACACCAAGAGAACAUGGGAAGUAUACACUGACGGCUCUUCCACAGUGAACGGCUUGGGAGCCGGAGUGGUGUUGAUACCCCCAGUAGGGAAAAACAUCGAAUAUGUCCUGAAGUUCGCCAUUGCAUACAAGGAGAAAGGAGAACUUCCCGAGGACAAGCUGCAAGCAAGAAAGUUGAAGAGAUUCAACCAAAGGUUCAUCAUUGACGCCAAUGGAGAGCUCAUGAGGAGGUCAUUCUCAGCCCCACUGCUGAAGUGUGUCGGCCCAACUAACGCCGAUUACAUCCUAAGGGAAAUCCACCUCGGCAUAUGUGGAAAUCACAUCGGAGGCCGGGCAUUGGCACACAAGGCACUAAGGGCCGGGUUCUGGUGGCCCACCAUGGUUUCUGAAGCAAAAGCACUGACAAGAAAGUGCGAGAAAUGCCAGAAGUUCGCACCAGCAAUCCACCAGCCAGCUCAGGCCUUACAGUCAACACUCUACCCCUUACCAUUUUCACAAUGGGGGUUGGACAUCAUCGGUCCAUUCCCAUCGGCUGUGAACCAAAAGUAG